GCAGAGGGGGCGGGCCACAGGACAGAGACACUUCGCCCGGCCGCCUGACCUCCAGGUGCAUUGUCCAGCCGAGACCACCCCCAGCCCCGUGCCGCGACCCUCCCCUCCCCCCAUUUGGCUAGCCUUUGCUCGCUCCUUCCAGCGUCUCCUUCCGCCUGGCCGGCCAUCCUGCUACCGGUCACCAGAGGCCAGAUGCACAAAGUAGUCCGAGGCUAGCGGUUGUGGACACCGGGAGGGAGAGAAGCAACUCCUGUCCAUCCCGCCUCCGCCCUGGCGCCGCCGCCUUCUUACCCCGCCCCUAGCUGGGCUCCGACUUCGCUCCUCCUUUAGAACGUGGGUCUGUGCGCUGGGGGCCCGGCCACCGGGGCCAGAGAGUGCGCGCCCCGGCUCAGUUGCAGUCCACCCUCAGCCUAGGCGAGCUGCGUUGCGCGGUUUGGUGCCGCGCCGCAGAGGACCUGCAUCAGGGAACCCGGGCUGCUCAGUCCCCACGCCAUCCCGGGCCCCCGAACCGGGGCGGAACGGGGAGGCGGGGGCAGGCGGGGGGGCCCCGAGCCGGCCAGGUGAAGCCUGAAGGGAACAUGCUGGGGCAGCCCCAUUGAAUGGCGCCUUCUCCGCGACCUCUGGCCCGGUUACGGCCCCCGGAGAUGCUGCUCCGGGCCGUGCUGGUCCUCCUCAUCUCCUGCUCAGGAGUGCAGUGCUUUAGUGAACUGUUCUUUAUAAAAGAGCCACAGGAUGUAACUGUCACAAGAAAGGACCCAGUGGUUUUGGAUUGCCAGGCACAUGGAGAACUUCCUAUUAAGAUCACAUGGCUAAAAAACGGAGUCAAAGUUUCUGAAAAUGAACGGAUCCAUGCUUUAGCUAAUGGCUCUUUAUAUAUCAGUGAGGUAGAAGGCAAACAAGAAGAACCAUCUGAUGAAGGAUUUUACCAGUGUUUGGCACUGAACAAAUAUGGGGCUAUUUUGAGUCAAAAAGCUCAUCUGACAUUAGCAACCAUCUCCACAUUUGAAAUUCAGCCAGCUUCAAUUGAGGUUCAAGAAGGUGGGGUUGCGAGACUUGCCUGUAAGAUUAUGUCACACCCUCCUGCUAUCAUAACUUGGGAAUUAAAUCAAACAAGCUUACCAUUGAUUAUGGACAGGAUAACAGCUCUGCCAUCUGGAGUGCUGCAAAUCUAUGGUGUUGGCCAAAAGGAUGCUGGGAAUUAUCGUUGUGUUGCUACUACUUUAGCCAAUAGACAUAAAAGCAUAGAGGCUACUUUAACUGUCAUUUCAGCCAAGGAGUCUAAGACCUUUCAAAAACCAACUAUUAUAGCAGGUCCACAGAACAUAACAACUUCUCUGCAUCAGACUGUUGUUCUGGAAUGUAUGGCUACAGGAAAUCCUAAGCCAAUCAUUUCUUGGAGUCGUCUCGAUCACAAAUCCAUUGAUGUAUUUAAUACUCGAGUACUUGGAAAUGGUAAUCUCAUGAUAUCUGAUGUUAAGCUGCAACAUGCUGGGAUAUAUAUUUGUCGUGCCACUACUCCUGGCACACGGAACUUCACAGUAGCCAUGGCAACUCUAACUGUCCUAGCUCCUCCUUCAUUUGUGGAAUGGCCAGAAAGUUUAACAAGGCCCCGAGCUGGUACUGCACGUUUUGUAUGUCAGGCAGAGGGAAUUCCCUCACCCAAAAUGUCAUGGCUCAAAAAUGGAAGAAGAAUUCAUUCAAAUGGAAGAAUAAAAAUGUAUAACAGCAAAUUGGUCAUUAACCAGAUUAUUCCUGAAGAUGAUGCUAUUUACCAGUGUAUGGCUGAGAAUAGCCAAGGAUCUAUUUUGUCUAGAGCCAGACUGACUGUAGUAAUGUCAGAAGAUAGACCUGGGGCUCCAUGUAAUGUUCAUGCUGAAACUAUGUCAAGUUCAGCCAUCCUUUUGGCUUGGGAGAAACCACUUUACAAUUCUGACAAAGUCAUUGCUUAUUCAGUACACUAUAUGAAAGCAGAAGGUUUAAAUAAUGAAGAAUAUCAAGUAGUCAUUGGAAAUGAUACAACCCAUUAUAUUAUUGAUGACUUAGAGCCAGCCAGCAAUUAUACUUUUUAUAUUGUGGCCUAUAUGCCAAUGGGAGCCAGCCAGAUGUCUGAUCAUGUGACUCAGAAUACACUUGAAGAUGUUCCCUUAAGACCUCCUGAAAUUAGUUUGACAAGUCGAAGCCCCACAGAUAUUCUCAUCUCUUGGCUACCAAUCCCAGCCAAAUACCGGCGAGGCCAAGUUGUGCUGUACCGGGUAUCCUUUCGAAUUAGUACGGAGAGUGCCAUCCAAGUUUUGGAACUUCCAGGAACUAUUCAUGAAUACCUCUUAGAGGGCCUGAAACCUGACAGUGUCUACCUGGUCAGAAUUACUGCUGCAACCAGAGUGGGUUUGGGAGAGGCAUCAGUAUGGACUUCACAUAGGACACCAAAAGCUACAAGCGUGAAAGCUCCAAAGUCUCCAGAGUUACGUUUGGAGCCUCUGAAUUGUACCACCAUUACAGUGAGAUGGCAACAGGACUCUGAGGACACAGCAACUGUUCAUGGUUACAAGUUAUACUACAAAGAAGAAGGACAACAGGAAAAUGGACCGAUUCUUUUGGAUGCGAGUGACUUUCUUCAUACUAUUAGUGGUUUAGAUCCAAGAAGGAAAUAUCAUGUGAGGUUGCUGGCAUAUAACAAUGUGGAAGAUGGUUAUCAGGCAGACCAAACAGUUAGUACUCCAGGAUGUGUUUCUGUUCGUGAUCGUAUGAUUCCUCCACCUCCACCACCCCAUCAUCUUUAUGCAAAGGCUAAUACCUCAUCUUCUAUCUACCUGCACUGGGGAAGGCCUGCAUUUACCUCUGCACAGAUAAUUAACUAUACCAUUCGCUGUAACCCUGUGGGCCUUCAGAAUGCUUCUUUGGUUCAGUACCUCCAAACAUCUGAAACUCAUAUGUUGGUUCAAAGCCUAGAACCAAAUACCAAAUAUGAAUUUGCUGUUCGUUUGCAUGUGGAUCAGCUCUCUAGUCCCUGGAGCCCUGUAGUUUACCAUUCAACACUUCCAGAAGCACCAACAGGUCCACCAGUUGGAGUGAAGGUGACUUUGAUAGAGGAUGACACUGCUUUAGUUUCUUGGAAACCCCCUGAUGGUCCUGAGACAGUUGUGACUCGUUACACUAUCCUGUAUGCUUCUAGGAAGGCCUGGAUUGCUGGAGAGUGGCAAGUCCUACACCGAGAAGGUGCAAUAACCAUGGCUUUGCUAGAAAAUUUGGUGGCAGGAAACGUCUACAUUGUCAAGAUUGCUGCAUCCAAUGAAGUGGGAGAGGGACCCUUCUCAAAUUCAGUAGAGCUUGCAGUUCUUCCAAAGGAAACCUCUGAAUCAAAUCAAAGGCCUAAACAUUUAGAUUCUGCUGAUGCCAAAGCUUAUUCCGGUUAUUAUCAGUUGGACCAGAAGUCCAUGACUGGCAUUGUUGUUGGUGUUUGCAUAGCACUAACUUGCAUACUUAUCUGUAUCCUCAUUUUGAUCUAUCGAAGCAAAACCAGGAAAACAUCUGCUUCUAAAACUUCACAAACAGGAACUGAGCAGUUAUCUCGAACCAAUGUCUCAGUAGCCAGUGGGAAUGACAUGAGGAAGAACUUAGAAGGAAUGGUAGAGAAUGAAGAAUCCUUACUACCAAUGAUAGCCCAGAAUAGCUUUAUUGAUGCAAAGGGUGGAACUGACCUAAUUAUUAAUAGCUAUGGUCCUAUAACAAAAAGUAACCCUAAGAAGAAAUGGCUUUUUUUUCAAGACUCUAAGAAGGUGAAAAUUGAGCAGCCUCAAAGAAGAUUUGUUCAAACGGUCUGCUUUUAUCAGCCAGGUACUACUGUAUUAAUAAGUGAUGAAGACUCCCCCAAUUCUCCUGGCCAGCCAACCGGAUUCCAAGUGCCCUUUGAGAUUACAGCUGACGCAGAGCAUUCAGCAAAUAGUGAAGGAAGCCAUGAAACUGGAGAUUCUGGAAGAUUUUCCCAUGAGUCGAAUGACGAGCUACAUCUAUCUUCAGUUAUAAGUACCACACCUCCUCUCUCCAGUUCCUUCUUAGGCAGUGAUUCAGAUGGAGAUCCUGCCAUUGAUAAAUGUGAAGGCUCUUCAAGGCCAUUGGUUGCUGAGCAGACUUCUACCUCCUCUUUACAAUUACAGUCUGCAAUGCUGUGCUUUGAUAAAAAUGAGUUUCCAAGCUAGACAGCCACACCAGACAUUCUCACCGUAUAUAUAUGUCUGUUCGAAGGACAAUGAACAGGAAGCCAAAGCAUAUUGUGAAAGUCCUAAUGUCUUACUGGGUAUUUUUGUUGAAUGUUUUUUUUUGUUUGUUUGUUUGUUUUCAAACUCACUUAUUUUGAAUGUUUUAUUGUCAGAAAUGUGAAAGGUCAAAAUAUCUGACUAGAGUUUAAAAUAUAUCACUGGAGCAAAGAGGACUUUUCAUGCCCUUUUGCUGACUAUCUACCUCAGUUUGCCAAAUGGUGAACUCUGAAGACAACUGAUUGACCUCAUUUGUGUUAUAGUUGAUUUCAGCUUUGUAACCAAUGAUACUUCCUACUAGCAUUUUUUUAUUGCUCUAUGUGUAAUGUAUUUGAUCAAAGGAGUGAUGGGUGGAAGAGUUAGAAUGUUUAUCUGAAGCUCUGACUUUUAACAAAUUAUAAUAACUAUAUAAUUAAGAUAAUUCAGUACCUUUGACCGGGAGAAGUAUUGAAACCUUUUAUUGGAGGCGAAGGGAAGUGGGACCAUUUUUAAUCACUGGCAAAAAAAAAAAAAAAA